AUGGAAUCUAGUGGAACUACACAAAUUAAGAAAGCCAUACAGCACAUAUCAGAGACAGUGUUUGUGGGACUGUGUCGUAAAGUGGGGACCUCACAGGUGGUGGCCAUAAAGAGAGAUGUGGUUGACAUUUGGCAGAAAGUGAAAAUUCAGGUGAAAAGUUAUGACUACAUUGUGAUGUUAAGUGGAAGUUACAGAGAAGGAUUCAGACUGAAAGAAUCAGAUAUAGACUAUAUGUGUUGGCCAAAUAAUCACCGUGUGAUCUGGGACUUAUCUCAGUCUCAGUAUUACAACACACAGACACAAACACUGAUCCUUUGUGACUGUUCUGAUAGUCCACCAGGAUUUACUUUGGUAUAUUUACUGUCACGAAGCAUGGACAGGGGAAUCCUGGAGGCGUGCAUUAGAGUGAAGAACAGUUAUUAUAUAUCUAGUUCUAAAUACAGACAGAAGAUAUGUUCCUUAUCAUCAGGUAAAGAGACUGAACAUGGGCCCUGUGUCAGUGGAACAAUUGAAACAAUGGAAUAUGAUGAAGCCCACUGUCUUGCUUGUGACUUUUGGCCUCCAUCUGCCUCCUCAUGGAUAGAAAGAUGUCACUCAUGGCCCCAGCCUCAUAUUGUUGAUGAUAUAGUAAACAAUGGUUGCCACUUUGUAGCAAUUGGACAUAAACUAUGA